UACAUAAGAUGCCAUGUGUGGACUGAUAUCCUAAUCCUACCAUGGUCUUCCCUACCAAGUGUGCGCUCUUCAGAUUUCAGGUUCUCCGUUCCUGGUGCCUCUGGGAAUGGAAAAGUGGGUGUAGUUUCCCUCGAGAGAGAGAGACUCAUACCCCAGGCAAGUGGUGGGAAGAGAAUCUCUACAGAGUCUACAACAGCUCCUGGAACACAUGCUUGUUGCCUAGGGCCUCCGAGGUGACAUCAUCACCGGACAGUCGGGGUAUCAGAAUCCCUUCUCUUCUGCUAAAGGUACUUUCCUUGCAAAGUGUCGGUUCUGAACCCUUGUCGCUAAGGUGCCCAUCCCAAUCCCAGCACAAGGGCCUGAAAGCUUCAGAGGUUGGCGGGUGAGGGGGAGGAAAAAUUAUCCCAGAAUCCAGCCCGGAGGAGGGAGGAGCGUUUUUCUUACCUGAGGGUGCCUGCCUCUGCCCUUGUUUGCUCUGAGAUAGCCAGUCUCUCUCCAGCCCAACAGAAGGCGGCUGCCCCCUUCGGGCUUUCCUAGACCCAACCCCUUACUUACAUCCUUCAGACCGAUAGAGGACAGGACCCGGGAGACAGCAGUGGCUAUGGCCUGGCCUCUGGUGGGGGCUUUUCUCUGCGGGCAUUUGCUGGGCUUCCUUUGCCUGAGCGGGCUAGCUGUGGAGGUGACGGUGCCCACUGAGCCACUCAGCAUGCCGAUGGGCAAGACGGCCGAGCUGAGCUGCAGUUACAGAACAUCAGUGGGUGACAACUUUGCCUUGGAGUGGAGCUUUGUGCAGCCUGGGAAACCCAUCUCCGCCUCUGUGCCUAUUCUGUACUUCACCAACGGCCACCUGUAUCCUACUGGCUCCAAAGCAGAUCGGGCCAGCCUUCUCCACGACCCACCCACAGGAGGACUGGCUACCCUGAAACUGACUGACCUUCGCUCCUCGGACACCGGAACCUACCUCUGCAACGUUAACAACCCACCGGACUUCUACACCAACGGGUUGGGGUUAAUCAACCUUACUGUGCUGGUGCCCCCCAGUGACCCCUUAUGCAGCCAGAGUGGACAAACAUCAGUGGGAGGUUCGGCCGCCCUGAGGUGCCGCUCCUCUGAGGGAGCACCCAAGCCAGUGUACAGCUGGGCACGCCUUGGGUCUUCUCCUACACCUCCUCCUGGCAGCAUGGUUCAAGAUGAAGUGUCUGGCCAGCUCAUCCUCACCAAUCUCUCCCUAACCUCCUCUGGCACCUACCGAUGUGUGGCCAGCAACCAGAUGGGCAGUGCCUCCUGUGAGCUGAACCUCUCCGUGACUGACUCAUCUGAAGGCCGAGUGGCUGGGACCCUGAUUGGGGUGCUGCUGGGUGUGCUGCUCCUGUCAGUCGCUGCAUUCUGCCUGAUCAGGUUCCAGAAAGAGAGGAAAAAGGAGCCCAAGGAGACAUAUGGGGGUAGUGAACUUCGGGAGGAUGCCACCGCUCCUGGGGUUUUUGAGCAACCUUCUACGAGAGCCGAUUAUAGCAAAGGGCUCCUGGAGAAGUCUCCAUCCGCCAGCACUGUGACCACCACCAAGUCCAAACUCUCUAUGGUUGUCUGACGUCUGACCCACGAGGGUGGUGAGGGGCAAUGUUAAUAAUUAAAGCCUUUAGGUACCACGCUACCUUGUUCUCUAAAGAGAUGAAUUCCUCUUUGUGGCCCAAAGAGUACUAUCAAUAAGGGAAGGAAUAAAUUAGAGAUCCCAGAGAUGGCGUUGCAAGUAGGAAGUUUGGUUGAGUCAAAGGGAUGGGCUUCAACCCAGGUGUCUUUGUAUAGCCCCACCCUUUUACCCCACGCCUUCCCCGGGGCGUCUCUUGAGUUUUGGUUUGAUUAAAUGAGAUUUGUUCUGGC